ACUCACACGUAAACUCCCACACCCACUUGCAAACAAUUAAAUUACCAGUAAAGACAGGCGUGCUCAUAAAUAUCUGUCAUUCAGAGUUACACAUUCACCAACAUCAUGACUGGGAAAGUUGUUUUUCUUGGACUCCUGCUCAUCUGUGUCAUUACAGAUGCAGCGGAGAUGUCGGGAUCCAUGAGAAAGCCCUCUUGUCCUGACAUGGAGGAAAUUGUUGCAUGCCCUCUGAAUCUCGCUCCCGUGUGUGGCAGCGAUGGAAACACUUAUGCCAACGAGUGUACCCUUUGUUUUGAGAGACAAUCAACCAAAGUGGACAUUUUGAUUGCCAAAGAAGAAAGCUGCUGACCUGCACAUCUGAAAAUGAUUCAGGAGCAAGCCAAAAAUAUUGUCUCAGAAUGACAUUAACUCCCUCUAAAUUUGUCUCAUUACCAUGAAUAAUAAACUUCAAUGAUCA